AUGGCGCCUGUGCACCCCCUUAAAGUCUUCGCCCCUCCAGGCGAGACCGCAGCUUCAUUGAGUUCCUCAUCCGAGGGGAGCGACUCGAGUGAGAUUAGUGAUCUAGUUAAUACUCCCAAAGUCUCUCCAUCUUUCAUGCGCAUUGAGAAGAGCGGCGUCAGCUCACCUUCGACUCGCUCUGAUCGCGCUCCCGCGCGUAAAUCCGCACGCGUCGUCAAGCAAAGCGCUCACGCUCGCGAAGAGGUCAUCGAGAGCAAGGCUACUAAGGCUACCAAGGCUUCCAAGCCCGUUUUCAAUCCGGCUCUUGCUCGCAGAAAACUCGGUAACAAGUCCCACGAGGCUGAAGUUCAAGAACCUUCUUCUCUCACCAACCCAAAACACACAUUGAAGUCCUCCAACGCACACCCAAAAAUGGCCGCACCGCGCAAGAUGAGUGACCAUAUCUCCAUCUCGUCCGACUCGGACAGCGAUACGCCAAUGAAGGCACCAAGCAAGAGCGCGGCAAAGAAGCCAUCGAGCAAGAGAGAUGCUGCCUCCAUGUCAAGCCAUCAAGAGAUGCCAUCGUUCAAGAAGCCCAAGCUUCCUUCAAAGUCGCCAGCACUCAAGGAUUUCGUUUACGAGGAGCCUCCGAUCGUCAGCGACCGACUGGGCAUGCCAGCAAUGACCUCGUCCUCUGCCCUCACGCGCGGCGGCGACAAUACGGCCACGAAACUCGCCGGAGUCCUUAACAAGAAAAUCCGUAGGGAGGUCGUCGCACCGAGAUCGUUCCAGGAUAUUUCAGAGCGCACUCCAACUCCGCCUCCUGGUCCAACCUACAGCCCCGAGGAGUUGAAAGAUCGCAACGAGGUCACCACACUCUACUUUGCCUAUGGCAAGAACCUUACCGAGAAAUACAUGGCCAAGAACUUCCCCGAUUGCACGCUCCAAUUGGUGGCGCUCGCCUACGUUCGAGACUACAAGUACACACUCAACUCCGCCGGUUACGUCAAGGCUGUCCGUACUGAGUGGAAGACCGAGGACAAGGAUCCUGGACUCUAUGGUUUGCUGUGGCGCAUUCCGAACUUUGUUCGUAGAUCUCUUGAGGCCAAGUUCGCCAAGCAUAACAUGAAGUUGGUUGAGGUCCCGGAGGUGCAAGCGAUGGAGAGAGACCCCGACUAUAUGGGUGGUAACUGGAACGCGCCUUUGGUCAACCUUGCUGGACCGCUGCCUGCGUGGAUGGGUGUUGGCGAGGUCCACGAGGACGAUCACAAGGGAAUCAAGCUCAUCAAGCAAAACCGAUGGAAGUACAUGAACCUAAACCUGGCGCUCAUCGAGCUUCGCUCGCGUGCUGUUCCUAGUCCCUGGGUUGAGAAUAACAUCUAUGGUCCCUUGAUCGGCGCCCCCCAAAAUCCUUUCGAGUCCGGCUAUUGGGGGAUGAUCAAACCAGAGAAGCAGAAGAAAGCGGAUGCCGCUCCAGCCCCUGGUGACGUCUAG